CUCGAAUAAAAACCGCACGGUCCGCAUCGCCUUCCUUCUGUGUCCGACAAUGGAAUUCUAGAGAGAGAAAGAGAGCGGUAAGAAAAAAAAAAAAAACCAAAAUUCUGGUCUAGAGAGAGAAAGGAAAAAAAAGGAAGAAAACUAAACAAACCAAGUUCAGCUCACCUCUACCAGACUUCAAAUAUGGAAGAAGUAUUUAGGGUUUUUAUGCUUUUUUGAGCUCAGAAAUUUUUCAACUAAAGGUCUCCAUGGAAAUGCCCGCUCGAAGAUCCAAUUACACGCUUCUUAGUCAGUACCCCGAUGAGCAGCUGCUCGCGGCGCCACCACCACCACCAUACUACGACCCGUCUAAUUCCAGUGAAUCCAAGAGCAGCAAAGUAAAGCCAGAUAGAGGCUUCGAUUGGGAUUCUAGCGGUGAUCACAGAGUAAAUCAGCAAGCAAAUAGUAAUCGGAUUGGUAAUCUGAAUAUGUACUCGUCGAUCGGGUUGCAAAGACAAUCAAGCGGGAGUAGUUUCGGUGAGAGUUCGUUGUCUGGAGAGUGUUAUGCCCCGACGCAGUCAACGACUGGGGGGAAUGAGAUUGAGACUUAUGGAUAUAUGCACGAGGAUGGGAAUUUGAUGAGAGUGAGAGCGGUGGAUGCUGCGGUGAUUACAGGGAUGGGUACUGGAUCAUCUGGGAAGAGCUGGGCGCAGCAGACGGAGGAGAGUUACCAAUUGCAGUUGGCGUUGGCCUUGAGGUUGUCCUCAGAGGCGACUUGUGCCGAUGAUCCAAAUUUUUUGGAUCCGAUGCCUGAUGAAUCCGCGUUGCUGUCGACUAGCUCCAACUCGCCUGAGGCGCUGUCGCAUCGGUUUUGGGUGAAUGGUUGCUUAUCAUACUUUGACAAAAUUCCUGAUGGGUUUUACCAAAUUCAUGGAAUGGAUCCAUAUGUGUGGACUGUGUGCACUGAUUUGCAAGAGAAUGGUCGUAUUCCCUCUAUCGAGUCAUUAAAGUCUGCUGAUACUAGUGGUGAUCCUUCGUUGGAAGUGGUUUUAAUAGAUAGACGAAGUGAUCCAAGCUUGAAGGAACUCCAAAAUAGGGUCCACAGCAUUUCUUGCAACUGUAUAACUACAAAAGAGGUAGUUGAUCAGUUGGCAAAGCUUGUUUGCAAUCGCAUGGGGGGUUCAACCAAUGCAGCAGAAGAUGAUUUAAUCUCCAUCUGGAGGGAAUGUAGUGCUGAUCUAAAAGAUUGCUUGGGAUCCAUUGUGGUUCCUAUAGGCAGCCUGUCUAUUGGUCAAUGCAGGCAUCGAGCAUUAUUAUUCAAGGUGCUUGCAGACACAAUUGAUUUGCCAUGUCGAAUUGCAAGAGGCUGCAAAUACUGUAAUAGAGAUGAUGCUUCCUCUUGUCUUGUGCGAUUUGGGCUUGACAGGGAGUAUCUAGUUGACUUGGUAGGGAAGCCAGGUUGUUUAUGUGAGCCUGAUUCACUGCUCAAUGGCCCUUCUUCCAUCACAAUUUCUUCACCAUUGCGCUUUCCCCGAAUGAAAUCAAAUAAACCUACUGUUGAUUUCAGGUCUUUUGCCAAACAGUACUUUUCAGAUAGCCAAUCACUUAAUCUUGUCUUCGAUGAUGCUUUGGGAGCUACUGUUCUUGAUGAAGAAGCUCCUAAAUUCUCUAUGUAUCCUAAGCAAAAUGAGAGAACAAAUGCAGAUAAAAAUAACCUUGUGCAAAUCCCAACCAAUGGUAGUGAAAUUACUCAGUUACCUCUACAAGUGAAAGUUGAUCGAACAAUUGCCCAAGAUGGAAGUGCUCAAAAUUUUAGACCAUAUAAUCCUUCCCAGAAUGUUAAACAGUCAACAAACGUGGUGAAAGAUGCCAUCCAUUUAAAGCACAUCCCAACUGUGGGGCAUAGAGAUGUGCAACCAGUUCUAGCAUUGGCUAACCAGAGAGUGGAUACUAGUAAAAUUUCAAGGUUUUCUGAAGGUGGUCAACUGGUUUCUAAUAAAACUAGUAAUGAGCUUUCACUUGAUGUGGAAGAUUUGGACAUUCCAUGGAGUGAUCUUGUUCUGAAGGAGAGAAUUGGAGCAGGUUCAUUUGGAACUGUUCACCGUGCAGAUUGGCAUGGCUCGGAAGUUGCUGUGAAAAUUCUCAUGGAGCAAGAUUUUGAUACUGAACGCAUCAAGGAAUUUUUAAGGGAGGUUGCAAUAAUGAAACGCUUACGACAUCCAAACAUAGUUCUUUUCAUGGGUGCGGUUACUCAGCCACCAAACUUAUCCAUAGUGACAGAAUACUUGUCAAGAGGUAGCUUGUAUAGGCUUUUGCAUAAGUCUGGUGCAAGAGAGGUAUUGGAUGAACGGCGCCGGUUAAGUAUGGCCUAUGAUGUGGCAAAGGGUAUGAAUUAUCUUCACAAACGCAAUCCUCCAAUUGUUCAUAGAGAUCUAAAAUCUCCAAAUCUAUUGGUUGACAAAAAAUAUACAGUGAAGGUUUGUGAUUUCGGGCUAUCUCGUCUGAAAGCAAACACAUUUCUUUCAUCAAAGUCAGCAGCAGGGACUCCUGAGUGGAUGGCACCAGAAGUUCUCCGUGAUGAACCGUCAAAUGAAAAGUCAGACGUGUACAGUUUUGGUGUCAUAUUGUGGGAGCUUGCAACACUGCAACAACCAUGGAGCAAUUUAAAUCCUGCACAGGUUGUAGCCGCUGUUGGAUUUAAAGGCAAGAGACUUGAUAUUCCACGGGAUUUAAAUCCUCAAGUUGCCAUCAUGAUUGAGGCUUGCUGGGCAAAUGAGCCUUGGAAGCGGCCUUCCUUUACAAAUAUCAUGGAAUCUUUAAGGCUGUUGAUCAAACCUCCGACACCUCCAACUGGUCAUGCAGAAAUGCCAUUACUUACCUGAGUAAGGUUGAACACCAGUGAAGUCUUCUUUUGUACACAGAUGAACAUUCUUUUGACAUUUGACAAAUGGAAGAGUGGUAUUUUUUGAUACUCUCAGAAUCCCUGUUGUACUUGUCUGUUCUCCUUGCCAAUUGAGAAUUCUAAUUUUUAGCUCAACCUCAGGAAUUGCACCAAUACUUGCAUUACCCUUCCUCUGCUGCCAAAAAAAUAUUGUUUACUGUGAUGGGAAAGUUGUAUAAAGUUUUCUCUCAUAAUUUUGUAUGUAAUUUUGUAACUGGAACUAGCUUAGUGAGAAGCAGCUUCCUGGCACUGCACACCAGACUACCAUGUGUUUCGCAAGAACCAAUUGUGCAAGUUAUGAAAAGUAUUGAAUUGCUGAUCAGGUCAAAAAUUUCCCCCUUGAUGCAUACUAGUGAUGAAGAAUCUGCCGAAAGAGAAGGCGUGCUCAAAUCUAUUUUUGCAGGUGAAAUACCGUUGAAUUGCCAUUGUAAGUAACAAAGAGUUCCUGAACGGUAAUGCAGCAGGAGUUAUGUCCCACUCCCGUUUUUAAAUUUUUUAGUGAUUACCUUGUUGCAGUGAUAAUAAUUGACUUCAGUUGAUUAUCUUAAUUUGUUUUUCAUAGAAUUUCAUUCUGCGAAGUUAUAUGGAGAAACAGGGAGAUUUGUUUUA